AAGGCCCAGAGUUGCAGAAAAUAUAAAAAACAGGGAGAUGAAUCAUCAAAUAUGCAUUAAAUAAUGCAUGGUUACAUCGACAUGAAAUGGCCCCAACUAUUUCUAAGAAGCUUCAGCUGACUUCCCAUCACCUCCACGGCUUUACUAACCAGUAUAAAUUUCGCUGGAGGCUCUCCAAAAAAUUUAAAGGUAAAAGAAAGCACAACAAGAGUACUUCAAAGUGCGACAGUUUUUUAUAGUAUCAAAGAAUUCCUCAGCCAUAAUCGAUAUGGAUAUUAAGGGAGAGAAAAUCAAAGGCUUUAUGAAGCUUAAGAUGGCCAUAACCAAGCUGCAACGACGGCGUGAGGAUGGUGAAGAGGAAAGUGCAGCAAAUUUGCCAAACGAUGUAAAGAAAGGUCAUAUUGCAGUUGUUGCAGUAAAGGGCGGAGAACCAAAGAGGUUCAUUGUAGAGUUGGGAAUUCUGAAGAACCCAAAAUUCUUGAGUUUACUGAAGCUAGCCGAAGAAGAAUAUGGAUUUUAUCAGAAGGGUGUUCUUAAAAUCCCUUGCCUACCUGAGGAACUGGAAGAUGUUUUACAUCAUAUGAAACAUAUAAAAGUCCGUACUUAAUAGUACAGUUCCCUUGGAAAGAACUCAUCUCUGCAUAUUACUUCUUUUCAAGCUAGCUCAAUCCUUCAAUUCAGUGCUCAAUUAUUUUUUCAUGAGCACAUCAGUUUAGAUAUCAUUAGCAAGCAAAAUGUAUAUCUGUUUGAGUGUGUUGUACUUCAGGAUUUUCCUUUAUCGAUCAUCACACAUUAUAUACUGGCUUUGUUAAUUAAUUGUUA